CCGAGAUCCUUGACGACAUUGUCAUUGACGCGCGCGGCGCCGAAGGCACUCGACCUGAUGGCUGACAUGAUAAAGGGCGCGCAGCUUGACGAGGAGCGAUGGACCCGGCUUGUGAGCAAGUCUAUGGUCUGUGCCAAGUCAUUUGAAAGGCUUGCGAACGGCGAUUCGUGCAGGCAGUCCACACGUCGUGACGACAUCCGGUUGUGUGGACGCCGGUUGGUUCCGUGUCCCAUCAUCGCACAUGUACAAGCCGCGAAGGACGACCCCAUGGAGGACCAGGCUGCCCAACACACGCAUGAUAUCGGACCGCUCGGGCCAGCUUCCGCCGAUGAGCAGCGCGAGCAGCACCCAGUCCAUAGCACUGGUGAACCCUUUCUUCAUCUGGGCCCGACUCACUUCAGCCAGCUAUACAGAAAGGACGUGACGGCCCAGCCCAAACAACUCGAUGAACCCACGCUCCUUCCUAGCCCUCCACACUGCGCCUGGUCCUCGUACACGACUUCGCUCAGUCCAUCAUCGGUGUCUUCAAUCUCAUUGUCUUCGUCUUCAGGUGACUUCAGCGGUUUCCACCGUCACAGACAGGAAGAGAAUGCUUUCGCUGCCGAUAAACAUGUAGAUCACUACUCGUCGUGCAGUGCGCGAGGGCCCAGUGGUCCGGCGGCGACGGACUGGUCGCAAAUGCCACAGCCAGCAAGCGUGGGAAUCACCUCUACAGCAGUACCACCAGUACCGCAAGGUUCACGAUCGCCAGUGUAUUCCCCUCCACAGCCCCUUCAAGAAUCCGUCGAGAACAAGGGGAUGCCUGCAAGACAAGCUGCAGACUAUGACGAAGAAGCCUGCGCGCCUUUGAGCGAGGAACUGGUAAAACUGCAUCUGAGCGCGCAUGCGAAGCAGUUCUUCGGUUCCCGCAGCUUGGACGAAGGCGAGGCAUAUCUGCGCAAGCUUCCUCUUGAACAUCGGUGGCGCUUGGUCAACAGGCUGGUGUCGUUCGCAGCCGUCUCUGGUGUAGCGGAUUCACGGCUCGUCGGAGACUUCUUCUCCCGCGUCGCGUCAAAGGGGCUCUGCUCACCAGAUGUUUUCGAUGCUGGAUUCUCCCCGAUUAUGGAGAUUCUUGAUGUCAUCGUGUUGCAUUCAUCGAACGCUCUAAUCUUGGUCACGAUUAUGUUGAAGGGCACGCAGCUUAAUGGAGAGCAGCUGAACAGGUUGGUAUGUAAGGCUAUGGGUGAUGCCUCCGAGUUGCUCCUUGCUCUGCUACUGUAGUAGACAUAGAAGUAAGUACUGACGUCUCGAUCUGACCUACGCUUUGCGGUGCAUGUUCGUGUAACUUUAGUGUAUGUACAGAACUCAAAUGGUCGAUGCUGAUAUGCCACUCAACGUGCAGA